AUGUCUUUUCAAACUCGCGCCCGCUCAGAUUCCGGAUAUGGAGAAUCCAUUGAAAUCCAUCUCAACGUUCAAUCUCGUGCGAAAUCCCCAUCGACCACCGAAGACGCACCUUUCUCAAACUACCUUGGUCUCGAGUCAUCAUCAACAGAUCGGAGAGCGCGCAGAACAGAUGUGGUGGAUAACUAUAUUCCAUUCUUUACGUCGUUUCCGCUCGAAUACGUUUGUCCACCUAAAAACAAUUCUCUCAUGAACAAAAAAUCAUGCCACAGCGAGGGAGAUUUUGAAGAAAAGGUUCUUAUUUCCAACAAGGGCGACGGUAAGUGCAGAUACGAUGAAACUCCGAUCCCAGGAAAAUGUUUGAUUUCGAUCAAUCGGAAUAUUCAAAAUUUGCAAGAGGCUAUAUUUAAAAUGCGUAUUUUACGCGAAAAAUUAAAUUCACGGAAAUUGACUCGCCACGAGCUCAAAGAUUCAUUAGGAAGCCUACGUAGAAAAUGUUAUUCGUGA